AUGGUUUUAUUUUCAAUUCUCGUUUUGCUAUGCGCAAUUACCCACCUUACAUGGGCACAUCACCACGAGGACGACAAGUUCAAACCCAGCAAAGACAUUGCACGCCGUCGCUCACCUGACAUCUUCAAUGCAAUCCACGAUGCAAUGCGACAAUGGGGAUCGUCAGUUCACCACAAUGGAAUGUCUAUCUUCUUAGCAACAGUUCCCGAAGGCGUUCCCCUUCACCACGGAAACAACCAACCACAAACUCCUUCGGAGCCCGAUUGGCUAGCAUAUGAAAUCGAGCACGCAGAAGGAUUCGCACGAGGCCACAAGACACCUCAUGCUCCGCCAGGACAUAAGAAGCCUCCUCACAGCCGAAUGUUUGGAGAUUCUCCUAAUCAACAGAAUGUGAUGGGCAGCAAGAUGCAAUCGGCUCACAAUGACGGUGGUUGGCUGCAUGUAUAUAGAACCACUCGACCGCUGCAAUUCCUCUACGUCGACGGCAUGAGCGGAGGGAAAACUACCAUGGGAACCCUGGACACGCAGGAUUAUCUACUUCGUGGCGACAGGUCGUACGGAGAGGCUGGACGGAUCCGAGCCCAAGCCGGCGGAGGGCCUAUGAAUGAGCGGCAACGAGCGAUAGACCUCUGCGGCCUUUGCAAGGAAUGGGGCUUACAGGGAAUUAUACGGAUGGAAGCUGGAUUUGAGAUUAUUCAAUGCAAUUUCACCGACGGCCUGGAACAGAUACAGGCGCUUCAACGUCCCGACCCUGCCAGCCGAGACGGUGAUCAAUGGAGGAGCAUUCAGAACUUCGAAUAUCUCCGUGGCGUUGCAGCGAGAUAUUUCGACAUAGGGUCUUCGCGAACCAUCAUCGACUACUCGUCCAUGGUGUCUGCCUUUUUCUUCCCCGUCAAUUUGACUAAUCCGGAUGAGACGCGGCCUGAUUUGCCUCGACUUUCUAACACUACGGACGGCGAAUUAUUUGCCAUCAAAGAAUACUUGAAAGCGAUAGUCGAGAGCCGCAAAGCAAAGUCUGCUCGCUCAGUAAACUGGCAAGGCAUAUCCGACAUGAUUGUCAGUCGAUAUGCCGACAGGCUCGACUACAUGGUGAAUUUCAUCACGUCAGUGGACUCAAUGGCAGCGGAAGUCAGCUUCCUCGUGGACCUCUUCAUCGACUAUUCUAGCACAGAUGAAUCCGUAUCAGAUGCCAUCAGCCGCUGCACAAACUUUUACUUGCACGGGGUGACUCUGGAAUCAGAACCCGACCACCUUGUACUUGAAGCGUUCAAGGGAGUCAAUGCAGAAAUUUGCACGACUCUUUUUGAGGUUCGCGAGCUAUUAACUCCCUUGUUGCAGACUCGCGGCUCGUCUCUGCAGGCGGCUAUCGAGAAACUGCAGUCUUUAAUGAAGUUCCUUGGCUGGGCUCGCUUUAAGCAAUGUUCUGGUUGUGGCGUCGACGAGGUCUGCAUCAUCCCCAUGUGGCCGUUUGGGGCGGAGGAGGACUACUUUCAUCCUCGGUGUAGUAAUUCGUCGGAUGAGCGUGGAGGGAAGAAUUACUGGGGCGGGUUUCGACCUCCUGGAACUGGGAAAGGGCCUCAAUCCACGGCAAGACGUGUAGUAUGA